CUCAGAUCAGCCUGAGCCUUCUCUCGCGGCUUUAUCUACUUGCCCGACUCCAUUUUGUGCGAGGGACCUGCUUGCAUAGACGUGCUUUAUUCACCGGAGAAACAUUUUUACAUUGAGAGGAUGAGCGGUUCACGUAUUUUUAUCGGUCGGUUAAACCCCUCCGCUCGCGAGAAGGACGUCGAGCGCUUCUUCAAGGGUUACGGGAAAAUCAGAGACAUUGACCUGAAACGAGGCUUUGGCUUUGUGGAAUUUGAUGAUCCAAGGGACGCAGAAGAUGCCGUUUAUGACCUUGAUGGGAAAGAGCUUUGCAAUGAGAGGGUGACCAUCGAACAUGCCCGUGUCCGUCUACGCGGGGGCAGAGGUCGCGGCGGCAAUGGUGGUGGUGGCGGCGGGGGCGGCGGUGGUGGUGGUGGUGGUGGAGGACGUUUCCCCAGUUCUUCCCGGUAUGGCCGUGGCUCCCAGGACAGCCGAAGGAACCCUCCACCAAUGCGCACUGAGAACCGCCUUAUCGUGGAGAAUUUAUCAUCUAGAGUCAGUUGGCAGGAUUUGAAGGAUUUCAUGAGACAGGCUGGAGAAGUUACUUUUGCAGAUGCCCAUCGACCAAAGCUUAAUGAGGGUGUGGUUGAGUUUGCUUCACAUAGCGAUCUAAAAAAUGCAAUGGAGAAGUUAUCUGGGAAGGAGAUCAAUGGCAGAAAAAUCAAGCUUAUUGAAGCAUCCAGGAAAAAAUCCAGGAGUCGCUCCCGUUCAAACAGCUCAUCCCGCUCUCGUUCUCGAGGACGCUCCCCUUCACGAUCCCGUAGUCGCUCCCGUUCACACACCCCCAAAUCGCAGAACCGCUCUAGGAGUCGCUCUCGCAGUCGCUCCCGAUCACCGAGCACUUCUCCUGCACGGCCCAAAGAAACCAAGGGCGCAUCUCCCGCCGGAUCUGCAUCGCCGCCCGCCCUGUCCCAGCGCCCCCCACCGUCUCGUUCCCCGUCCACCGACAGUCGCCAUUAGACUGUAACGUUCUUUACGCUCAGAGAUGCAUCUUUGGUCAAGCACUGCAAAAGGUUGGCCAAGUUUGUUGCAGCAAUAUUGUUGCAUCUUUUGUUCGUUAAAGUCGUAAAAGUUGAGGAUCAGUUUUUCUCGAUGAUAGAAGUGAGGUUCAUAGUGCAGGGUCUGCUAGUUAUUUGACAGAUGGUACUUGUCACUUCUGAACUGUACAGCUUUUUGUUUUUGUGUUUUUUUGUGUAUUCCUGAAAUUCAUGUUUGAAUGUCUUUUGAUGGGUAAUUUGUUAUUUUUAUCACUAUUUGAAGAGUGAGGUUUGAGAAAUUCUUGUUAUUGUAUAAACCCAUUCAUGGAUAAGUGAGUAAAUGUGAUUUUGGGUUGUUUUCAGUGAGCUUGGUCAUAACAUAUUUGUUGAUAAUUUAAUUAGGAAUAAUUCAAUCCAUGAUUAUUGACAGAUGGGAAAAAGCCUCGCAUUUAUGGCUGAUUGUAACAGGGGGGAAUUUCAGGUGAGAGUCGAUCUACCGGCCUGUGUUUUUCAGGUUAGCUUAUUGACAGUGUUUUUUGACAUUUUUGUUCUUGAUCACAUGUGAGAAUUGUUUUGUAACAAAUGAUUAAAAUGUAAUCUGCUCAGAGUCAACAAAUUAUCUACUUAAAUUUCCUCCUCAUCGCUGCACGUGUUCAGGCACACAUGCGAUAACAUGUGAAACCAAGCAUACAUACCGCUUUUCAUUUUAAUAUGCUAUGGUUCAAAUGAAUCACAUGUAACUGUUUGCUUUUUUAUUUCAUUUUUGUAUCAUGGUACUGAUGUGUACACAUUUCGAUGCAUGUUUUUCAUUGGAAAACAAGUUCCCUUUCUGUACCGUGAUAUAAAUAUUUUUAAACGUUUUGAAUGUUUAUGAUGUUGGUAAGGCACUGCAAAUAAAAUUUAAAUGAUAAAACACGA